AUGUUAUUUCUCGGCUUACAUCGUCUUGCAGUGUUGUCGCAAUCGUGUACGAAUCACGACACAUGCGACCGAUACGACAAAUACGACAGGUACGACAAAUACGACAGGUACGACCGACACGACAGAUACGACAAACACGACCGACACGACAAAUACGAAAAAUACGACCAAUGCGACCGACACGACAAAUACGACCGAUACGACCGAAACGACCGACACGACAAACACGACAGAUACGACCGACACGACAGAUACGACAAAUCCGACCGAAACGACAAAUGCGACAGAUACGACCAAUACGACAAACACGACCGACACGACAAAUACGAAAAAUACGACCAAUGCGACCGACACGACAAAUACGACCGAUACGACCGAUACCGACGAAACGACAAAUACGACAGAUACGACCAAUACGACAAACACGACCGACACGACAGAUACAACAAAUACGACAGAUACGACCAGUAUGACAAACACGACCGACACGACAAAUACGAAAAAUACGACCGAUACGACAAAUACGACAGAUACGACCGACACGACAGAUACGACCGAAACGACUGA